AUGGCGUACCAGCAGCCGCCCGGGCAGUUCUACCCCCCUCCGCCCACUGGCCCCCCGCCGGGACAGCAGCAGCAGCCGCCACAGUAUGGGCAGCAUCCCCAGCAGCAGCCCUCGCCACAUCCCGGAUACCACCCGCAGCAGAUGUCACCGCCACCGGGCCAGCCACAGCAGCAGCAUCCAGGACUCCAGCAGAAGCCCCAGCAGCACCCUCAGCAACAUCCCCAGCAGCCUCACCCCGGCUUCCCUCCCCAGCAGCAGCAGCAGCUCCAGCACCCUCCCCAGCAGGCCGCCAUCUCGCCCACCGACAAUGGCGCCUUCCCCGGCGGCACCUACAGCAUCUCCCACCGCGACACCAACGCCGUCCUCGCCCUGACCCUCCAGCAGGGCGCCUCGGUCAAGUCCAAGGCCGGCGCCAUGAUCCACAUGUCCAGCACCAUCCAGCUGCAGGGCAAGAUCAAGUUCUCCAUGAAGAAGCUCAUCACGGGGAGCGACCUGUCCGAGUCCACCUACGUCGGCCCCGGGCGCGUCGCCGUCGGGCCGACCCUCUUUGGCGACAUCAUCACCCUGCACGUCGACGGCCGCACCAACUGGACCAUCGGCAAGGACUCCUUCCUCGCCUCCACCAUCGACGUCAAGCGGGAGACCAAGGCCCAGGGUAUUAGCAAGGCGCUCUUCUCCGGCGAGGACCUGUUCGUGUAUAGGCUCACGGGGCAGGGUAUCAUCUGGCUGACCAGUUUCGGUGCCGUGGAUCGUCUUGAUCUUCAACCUGGUGAGCAGCAUAUUGUGGACAACGGGCAUCUUGUGGCCUGGAGCUGUCAGUAUGCCAUUGAGAGAGCCGGUGGCGGAGGCGGCAGCGCCCUGAACAGCUUGAAGUCUGGUGAGGGUCUCGUCUGCCGGUUCACCGGCCCUGGGUCCAUUUACAUCCAGACCCGCAACAGGUCCGAGUUUGAGUCCUUCAUCAAGGGCUUCGCCGGAGGCGGUGGCGGCGGCGGCAUUCUGGGUGCUCUGUAA